AUGGCCCUCUCCGUCCCAAGCACAGACGUACGUCCCUCUCCAAAACCACAACCCCCACUACAACUCACCACCCACCGAUCCCAACCUACCAAUCUACUAACCUCCUCCUCCCUCUAUCUACAGCCAACAACCCUCAUCGCCCAAGAAACAAGCGACCCCUACAAAUUCCGCACCUUCACCACCGAAACAGCCUGGACCCUCGGCACCGCCCUCCGAACUCGCCUCCUCUCCCUGCCCCCAUCCCAACGCAAACCAGCCCUAAUCUCCAUCUCCCUCGCCACCGCAACCGCAUCCCCCACCAACACCCCACACGUACUCUUCCAAUGCGCGACGGAAAAGGGCACCAUCCCGGACAACGAGAACUGGGUGCGGCGCAAGCGCAACACCGUGCUGCGGUGGGGGGUGUCGAGCUGGGCGAUGCGCAUGAAGAUUGCUGCUGGGCUGGGCGGGGCGGCGGUGGGUGUGAGUGCGGGGGAUAUUGAGGGGGCGUUUGUGAGGAAGUUUGCGUUGGAGAGUUCGUCUGGGGGCGCUGUGGCGGAUGAGUUUGCUAUUCAUGGGGGUGGGUGGCCGAUUCGGGUCCGGGGGGUGGAGGGUGUUGUUGCGGUUGUGGUGGUUAGUGGGUUGAAGCAGGAGGAUGAUCAUGCCGUGGUGGCGGAGACGAUUCGGCAGGUUGUUGAGGAGGGGCAUUGA